AUGCAGAAGCGCACGGACCCUUCCCCGCUCGGGUGGGGAUCUCGGCGAGGCCGGGCUUACCUUUCAGCAGCACCCUCCAGGGGUCUGGGCCCAGCCUCUGCAACCUUGUCGCACCAGACCCCUCUGGGCUCCUCAGGACUACACGCCAGCUGCCUAGACCUGUGGAGGGAAAAGAAUGACCAGCUAGUUCGACAGGCCAAGGUGGCUCAGGACUCGCGUCAGUUUCUGAGAGGACAGCAGCUGGCCCAAGAUGUGCUGGAAGGAUUCAGGGGACUCCUGCAUAGCCUGCAGGGUCUCCCUGCAGCUGUUCCUGUUCUCCCCUUGGAAUUGACUGUUACCUGCAAUUUCAUUACCAUGAAGGCAAGCCUGGCCCAGGGUUUCACUGAAGACCAAGCACAGGAUAUCCAACAGAGCCUGGAGAGAGUGCUGGAGACCCAGGAGCAGCUUGGGCCCAGACUGGAAUGUGGGCUCAGGGGGCUGUGGGACUCUGUUCUCCAUUAUUCCUCUGUUCUGCUGGAAGAGCUACUCCCUGCCCUUCACCACCUGGCUGGCCUGCAGGCUGCCCUGUGGCUAAGUACUGACUGUCUUGGGGACCUGACCUUGCUGCUGCAGACCUUGAAUGGUAACCAGAGUGAGGCCUCUGAGGAUCUGCUGCCCCUUCUGAAAACUUGGAGCCCCCCAGCUGAGGAGUCAGAUGCUCCAUUGACCUUGCAGGAUGCCCAGGGCUUAAGGGAUGUCCUUCUUACAGCUUCUGCCUAUCGCCAAGGCCUCCAGGAAUUGAUCACAGGAAGCCUGCCCAAGGCAUUGAGCAGCCUGCAAGAAGCAGCCUCAGGUCUGUGUCCACGGCCUGUGUUGGUCCAGGUGUACACAGUCCUGGGGACCUGUCUUCGUAAAAUGGGCAAUCCACAAAGAGCUCUGCUGUACUUGGUUGCGGCCCUGAAAGGGGGAUCACCCUGGGGUCCUCCGCUUCUGGAGGCUUCCAGGGUAUAUCAGCAACUGGGGAACACAGCAGCAGAGCUGGAGAGUCUGGAGCUGUUGGUUGAUGCCUUGAGUGUCACUCACAGUCCUGAAGCCCCCCAGCUUCUUAUUGAAGUAGAGUUACUACUUCCCCAACCUAACCCAGCCUCACCCCUUCACUGUGGCACACAGAGCCAGGCCAAGUACCUGCUAGCAAGCCGAUGCUUACAGAUAGGAAGGGCAGAGGACGCUGCAGAGCAUUACUUGGACCUGCUGGCUCUGUUGCUGGAUGACUCUGAGCCAAAGUUCUCCCCACCCCCAUCCCGUCCAGGGCCCUGCAUGCCUGAGGUGUUCUUGGAGGCAGCAGCAGCACUGAUCCAGGCAGGCCGAGCACAGGAUGCCUUGACCGUAUGUGAGGAGCUGCUCAGCCGCAUGUCGUCUCUGCUUCCCAAGAUGCCCCAGCUGUGGGAAGAUGCCAGAAAAGGAACCAAGGAGUCACCACACUGUCUAUCCUGGGUCUCUGCCACCUACCUGCUUCAGGGUCGAGCCUGGGUGCAGCUGGGGGCCCAAAAAGAAGCAAUUAGUGAAUUUAGCCGGUGCCUUGAGCUGCUCUUCCAAGCCACACCUAAGGACAAAGAACAAGGUCCUGCUUCCAGCUGUGAGCAGGGGUGUAUGUCAGAUGUGGCACUGCAACAGCUUCGGGUAGCCGCCCUGAUUAGUCGUGGACUGCAAUGGGUGGCCAGUGACCAAGAUACUAAAGCCCUACAGGACUUCCUCCUCAGUGUGCAGAUGUGCCCAGGUAAUCGAGAUGCUUCCUUUCACCUGCUUCAGACUCUGAGGAGGAUGGAUCGGAGGGAUGAGGCCAUUGCUCUCUGGUGGAGCCUGGAGGCCCAAGCUAAGUUGCCACAGGAGAAUGCUGCAUGGUCUCUCCCCCUGUACCUAGAAACCUAUUUGAGUUGGAUUCGUUCCCCUGACCGUGAAACCCUUCUUGAGGAGUUUCAGACAUCUCUGCUGGAACCUUGUGACCUGUAG